AUAUUGAACCUAGAGAAAGCACAAUGUUGACUACACUUCUAUUCCUCAUGGUUUUACCGAUCGCUGCAGCUUUCCAGUUCAGCUCACCAAACCAGUCAUUAACAACUGAUCAAGAAGAAGGUACCCCUCUCUCUCAAAAAGAAGAAAAUGAGAAUAAUGAAGAAUAUGAAGAUAGGUUGAGUGACUUACCUAACAGUGUUAUCCUUUGUAUUUUGUCAUUUUUAAACACCAAAGAUGGUGUUCGAACUUGCGUUUUGUCUAGAAGAUGGAAAGAUAUAUGGAAACAUAUUCCUACUCUUGUAUUGGAUUCCUCAAGAUUCGACACUGUUAGGCAAUUUGAAAUAUUCAUGUCUAAAAUCUUGACUCUCCGUGAUAACACAAUUGCACUACACUCUCUUGAUUUUGAUCAUAUCGGCAAAAUGGAGCAUCAACUCCUCCAAAAGAUUUUAGAUUAUGUUUAUUCCCAUAAAACCAAACUCCAACGAUUAAGAAUCUUUGUUCAUAAUGAUAAUGGUCUCAUUAUGCAAUGUGUUUCUUCAUGCAAGAAUCUUACAUCUCUGCGACUUUCGAUUUACCCUAGAAUGAGUUUUUGUGUGAAGACAAUAUUAUUUCCUAAAUCCUUGAAUUUACCAGCAUUAGAAACGUUGGAUCUAAGUAAUUUCACCUUUUACGGUGGCGAAAACGGCUAUGCUGGGCCCUUUUCGGGCUUUGCCAAAUUGAAGAGUUUGAUCAUUCAUGGUUGUACGGUAAUGGACACACAAAUCAUUACCAUAUCAAGUGAAACACUUGUCAAUUUUGCUAUGCUUUAUAGUUCACCUAAAAUUGCCAAAAUUGAGCUAUCCACUCCAAGCCUCUGUACCUUUACUUUUUACGGGAUUCCACAUCCCAAAAUAUGCAGAAGCAAUCUUUCUUCUGUUAAAGAAGUCAAAAUUUAUGCACGCAUGGACACAUCUUUGGAGAAGCUUCCUAUGGUUCUAUUCAACUGGCUGCAAGAGCUUUUAGCUGUAAAAUCAUUGAAAGUCUCUUCAAUUACUCUCCAGAUUCUGUCCUUAGUUCCUGAUCUAUUGGAGGUUAAGCUCCCUUCUUUAUGUAACUUGAAGUUGGUGGAAAUAAAGAUGCAACCACUUAGCUUCGCUUUAUCUUGCAUACUAAAAGAUGCCAUGUUAAUGAAAGCUGCUGCGAAGUCACCCGAAGAAGCUGCAGAUUUACGAAAAACAUUCGGAGCAGGUUUGGAACCACCUUCAAUACCUGAUGGAAUUGUGGACUUUCUACUUCAAAACUCAUCAACGGCCAAAGUUAACAUCUCAUAACAACUUAUUAGUGCAUGAUGAAGAGUUUAUCCAACCUAGCUAGCGUGUUAUUCUUUAUAGUUGACCAAUCAUGGAUUAUCUUUAUGAUUUAGGCACUCUUGUUUUGGUUAAAUUUUGAGUUCCUUAAUUUUAGUUGAGUAAUGUUGAGAUAUGUCUACUGCAUGGGUUUCUAUUUGGAAAACAUGUUAUUAGAUUGAGGUUGUUAUUCACUCGUUCAAACAUGCAUGGAAAUCAAUAAAUUUCUUUUGAAUAUAAA